CAAAAGGAUGACACAAGAGCACAGAGUUCCUGCCAACAGCAGCCACUACAGGGUCACCAUCUUGGGGGAAAAAAAUAAAAAAAAUUGCAGCAUACCAGCUACAACAACACACAAAUCAUAAAAGUUUCCUAAAGGAAAAUGUUCAUAUUUAAAUAAGUAGAGUAAAUAAAUCAUAAACAGGAUUUUACAGUUUAAAUGCAAAUGUUGAUGCUCCUCUUAGACACUGUUCUUUGUUCUCUUUCGGGUGUACAAGCAGCUGUCUUGUUUGUAUGUAAGUGUUUUACAGCUGUGUUUAUUUUUUUCAUGAGUUUUUGUAUUGCUUCGCUGAUGUACCGUAUGGUUUCGACAUCUUGAAAGUCAACGUGGGGACUGAUGAGAUCUUCAGAGACAGAACAGCGGCAAACAGCUUCCCGCCAAGAAAAAGAAGAGGUCCAAGAAAAAAGUGUCGGCCGCCAAGUCCGCCGCCAAGGGCAAGAAGAGCGACGCCCAAGCAGGACGCUCCUUGUCCAGCCCCAAGAAGUCCAGAGCGGGGAGCAAGUCCAAGGCCAUUGUCAUGGACUCCAGCACAGACGACGAGAAGCAUGGCGAGGAAGAGAAGGUGACGGCGAGGGACAAGUCGUUGGAAAAAGAGUUGAAAACUUACCUGCACGACGAAGUGUGCACUUGGAUCUUCAAUCCGCCAAACUCUUCCCACAUUGGAGGAAUGUGGGAAAGACUAAUUGGCAUCACUCGCCGUAUCCUGGAUGCAUUGCUCCUUAAGGAGGGAGGCUCUCACCUUUCUCAUGAGGUGCUCACCACUCUCAUGGCUGAGGUCAUGGCAAUUAUAAACGCAAGACCUCUCAUUCCAGUUUCAACUGACCCAGAGAUGCCAGCAAUACUAACACCUGCAACCUUGCUGACACUGAAGAGAGACGUCAUAUCUGCACCGCCAGGAGACUUCAACGUGAAAGACAUCCACUCACAACAAUGGCGGCAAGUCCAAUCUCUCUCUGAUAGAUUCGGGAAGCGAUGGAAACAAGAAUACCUGUCAACCAUACAAACCAGGAGAAAAUGGUAUGCAGAAAGGCCUAACCUGCAAAUUGGAGACCUAGUACUACUGAAAGACGGCCAGGUGAGAAGAAAUGAAUGUCCCACUGGACUCAUCGUCAAGUCUAUCAACAGCCAUGACAACAAAGUAAGAAAAGUAGAUGUUAAGAUCAUCCGACAAGGUACUCCAAUAAUCUACACUAGACCUGUUUCAGAGGUUGUGUUGCUCCUUCGUAAAGAGACUGUAUAGUGGUAUAAAACAUUAUACCAAGCGGGGAGUGUUAUGCCCGUUUGAUUGUGGACUAUUACUGACACCUUGUGGCGAUGGGAAAUGCUGCGCGUCAUUAGUUUGGGCACUUCCGGUUUACUUUGGGCACU